AACCUGGGGCACGGGUGGGCCUGACCAGCUGCCCCCUCAGUGUGGAGGACAGUGUGGCUGCAGAGCUGGGCUGGAGGAGCCCCCAGAGGAAGCAGGGCUCAUUGGAGUCUGGAAGGAGGAGGUGGACCAGUGCAGGGCCGGCCUGGAACGUGUUGGGAGCAACAUUUGCUUCCUGCUCUUGGGGGCCGUCGGUGUCCGCGGUGGUGCCUGCUCACGGGCUUAUCUCCUCCUGAGCCCGCAGGCAGCCUCCAUCCCAGACUACCGGGGUCCGAACGGAGUGUGGACGCUGCUUCAGAAAGGGAGGCGCGUGAGUGCCGCCGACCUGAGUGAGGCGGAGCCGACCCUCACCCACAUGAGCAUCGCCCGCUUACACGAGCAGAAGCUGGGGCAGCACGGGGUGUCUCAAAACUGCGACGGGCUCCACCUGCGGAGCGGGCUGCCGCGCUCGGCCAUCUCGGAGCUCCACGGGAACAUGUACAUCGAGGUCUGCACGGCCUGCACUCCCAACAGGGAGUACGUGCGGGUGUUCGACGUGACGGAGCGCACCGCCCUGCACCGGCACCAGACGGGCCGGGCCUGCCACAAGUGUGGGGCGCCGCUCCGCGACACCAUUGUGCACUUCGGGGAGAGGGGGACCCUGGGGCAGCCUCUGAACUGGGAGGCAGCCACCCAGGCUGCCAGCAAAGCAGACACGAUCCUGUGUUUAGGCUCCAGCUUAAAGGUUCUAAAGAAGUACCCAUGCCUCUGGUGCAUGACCAAGCCCCCCAGCCGGCGGCCCAAGCUCUACAUUGUGAACUUGCAGUGGACCCCAAAGGAUGACUGGGCUGCCCUGAAGCUCCACGGGAAGUGUGAUGACGUCAUGCAGCUCCUGAUGGACGAGCUGGGCCUGGAGAUCCCCCCCUACAGCAGGUGGCAGGACCCCAUCUUCUCCCUGGCAACCCCCCUGCGGGCCGGUGAAGAAGGCAGCCACAGUCGGAAGUCGCUGCGCAGAAGUCGAGAGGAGCCCUCGCCUGGAGACCAGGGCGCACCACUCAGCUCAGCCCCCAUCCUAGGUGGCUGGUUUGGCAGGGGCUGCGCCAAAGGCACAAAAAGGAAGAGAGUGACAUAACCUGGUGCUCGACUGAGAACAGCAGUUGGCACUUUGCAGAUGGCUGGACCUCGGAUCCAGGGGCUGGUGGCACCCAGCACGCCGGGAAUGCCCCGCAGGUCCAGUGAGAAUGCUCUGGGGUGACAUUGUCACGGUGACACGCUUAGCCAUUUGUCCUGGUGGGGAGCCCCCUUGCACUGCUGCGCUUCCCCGCCUGCGCCCCCACCGGGGGCCUGGGUGCUGACGAGUGGCCCAUCCAGUCUGUCCUGGAGGUGGCAGCCACGCUGUCCCGUGGGAACAGAACUCGGGGUACAUCACACCUGGCCAGCCAAGAGGAAGCACUCGCUGCCGUGCCUCCUCCAGGCCAGUCUCAGGGGCCUCAACCCUAUUUCUACUUCCUAUAAAAAUGACAUCUUUAUAGCAAACCUUUUUCUGUAUCGGUAUGCGGCCUCGGCAGACCUUUUUGUUGCUAAUAAACGUCUCUGCGCUGUCUCCCCGCA